UUUAUUAAAAAUAUUUCUCCUUUUUAAUAUUUUUGUAUUAUAUUUUAUUAUGCUAUAAAUUUCAUUUUAAUAAAAAAAACUAUCAGUUCCAUGUAAAACUUCUUAAGUCCAAGUAAGAAAUAUGAGUUAACUCAAUUUCCGCUAUGCCAGCGAAUAAGACUCAAUACCGUAAAUGACUCCAAUUCCCGUUAACAUCACUCAAUCCACAGCUCACACAGACAGGAGUUUCAGCUCAAGCAGCUCUUUCGAGUCCCAAAACUCACCCUGCUCUCUCACUCUCUGUCGGGGGAUGAGUGUUCGGCUGUAUCAACCGUUAGAGAGAAUCGGAAUCGUCUUCUUCCUCACACACACAAAUGCACUCCAGCUGGGCAUCGAGUUUGUCGCUUUUGCUGUCUUUUGUUUUUGUUUUUGUUUCAUUUGCUGUUGGUGUAACUGCUUCUUCGACCAGUUUGUAGUUUUUGUUUAUAGUAGUAUCAUCUCCUCAGCCAGCGUUAUUGUUGUUGUUGUUGUUGUUGUUGGUAUUUCUCUGGUAGCCGAAGUCUCAACUCAGUUAGCUACCGAGCGUGCUGUUCGUCGGAUGAUAUUGCAAAGCAUCUGAGUCGCCGAAUCGAGUCGCAGAGGUCUGAGCACUUUGCAGAACUGCUUAACAUCAGUCUUUAGUGAUAGCUCGCGCUUCUUGCUCGCACGCUCGAUCGCACGUCGCCGUCGUCGUUGCGUCGUCUUCGUCUUCGCCUUACGUUCCCAGGGGUUACGUUCUUUUUGACCGCCGCUAAAAAUCUCUAUUGCAAAUGCAAAUUUAUCUAAAAAAAAAAUCACAAAAAAUAAAUUAAAUAAAUCACAAUAAUAGUAAAUAAAUAAAAGUCCGUUAUACUUAAACGUAAAAAUCAUUGAAAAGCGGCCAACGAAAGCGGAAAAUAACAAACAAAUACAGGGCAAGUGCGCGUGCGCAGCCAGGAGUGCCCUCACACAAAGGUGUGGUCACUCUAUAAAAAAAAUCUCUAUUUCAAAAUACAUAAUAAAGAUAUUGCAAACCAGAUAAAACCACAAACUUUUUAUUUAAACAAAAGAGAGUCUUAGGAUUUACAUAUAUAUAAAUAUAGCCCACAUGUGAUAUAUACCCAGCUAAAAAAAAAAAACAAACAAACAAAAACAAAUACACCGAAAAGAUAUAUAUAUAUAUUAAACAUGCUUCACGCUCGCCUAAAGUUCUAAAAGUCAAGUGCAAUUUGAGCAAAAACAGCAACAACUCUAUACGCUCAAGUGACGUUUUAUUGGCGCAAGGUGAACGAAAAACAACAACAAACAUCAACAAAAGCAACAACGGAAAAUACACGAAAAUACACAAAACCUUAAACGGAAAGUUCACAAUGUUAGGAAAAGCAAACCCUAAGUGCGCAACAAAAUAGAGAAACACUAAGCAAAUAAAUUGGAUUAACUUGAUCUGAGCUGAUUGGCCAGUUAAAAGCAGAAAGCGCAGUCCUUUCGGUUGAGCACUUUGAGCUCAGCAAACCCAGAUUACCAUAAUGAUGAAUCAGGAUAAUCCAUAUGCGAUGAAUCAGACGUGCAAGGUGUGUGGAGAGCCGGCGGCUGGAUUCCAUUUCGGAGCCUUCACAUGCGAGGGUUGCAAGUCCUUCUUCGGCCGAUCUUACAACAAUCUGUCAUCGAUAUCGGACUGCAAGAACAACGGCGAGUGCAUCAUCAACAAGAAGAACCGCACCGCCUGCAAGGCGUGUCGCCUGAAGAAAUGCCUGAUGGUGGGCAUGUCGAAGAGUGGAUCCCGCUAUGGUCGCCGCUCCAACUGGUUCAAGAUCCAUUGCCUGCUGCAGGAGCAGCAACAACAGGCGGUGGCUGCCAUGGCGGCGCACCACAAUAGCCAACAGGCGGGCGGAGGAAGUGCAGGCGGUUCGGGUGGAGGGGCAGGAGGAAUGCCAAAUGGGGUCAAGGGAAUGUCGGGUGUCCCACCACCAGCGGCAGCGACAGCAGCAGCUCUUGGAAUGCUAGGUCAUCCGGGUGGCUAUCCGGGUAUUUAUGCCGUGGCCAAUGCCGGUGGUUCCGUGAGGAGUAAAGAGGAGUUAAUGAUGCUGGGAUUGGAAAGCAGCGGGGAAUAUGGCUCCCAUAAGCAUCCCGUAGUAGCCUCACCCUCGGUGAGUUCCCCGGAUUCCCAUAACUCCGAUAGCUCCGUGGAGGUGAGUUCGGUACGAGGUAAUCCUCUCCUGCAUCUGGGUGGGAAAUCCAAUUCUGGAGGAUCUUCAAGUGGUGCCGAUGGCAGUCAGUCGGGCGGAGGUGGAGGAUUGGUACCUGGCAGACCACCACAGAUGCGCAAAGAUUUGUCGCCGUUCCUGCCGCUACCUUUCCCGGGACUCACUUCCAUGCCCGUGAUGCCACCACCUGCGUUUCUGCCUCCCUCGCACCUGCUCUUCCCUGGCUACCAUCCCGCCUUGUACUCACACCACCAGGGCUUGCUGAAGCCCACGCCGGAGCAACAACAAGCAGCAGCGGCUGCAGCGGCGGUGCAACAUUUGUUCAACUCGAGUGGUGCUGGUCAGCGAUUCGCCCCGGGUACUUCACCAUUUGCCAACCACCAGCAGCAUCACAAGGAAGACGAGCCUGCACCACCCAGAAGUCCAAGUAACCACCCAAACAACAACCACCUGUUGACCAACGGUGGAGCAGCCGAUGAGCUAACCAAACGUUUCUAUUUGGAUGCUGUACUAAAAUCCCAACAGCAAAGUCCACCGCCGACCACAAAGCUGCCGCCACACUCCAAGCAGGAUUAUUCGAUUUCAGCUUUGGUCACACCAAAUUCAGAAAGUGGCAGGGAGAGAGUGAAAAGCCGGCAGAGUAAUGGCCAAAACGAAGAAGACGACGAGGCGAGGGUGGAGGAAAUUAUCGACGGCGCUGACGAUGAUGAAGAGGAGGAGGAUCUGGUGGUUUCCAUGACGCCGCCCCACUCACCUGCUCCUCAAGAAGCGGAAACGCCAGCCGAAGAUGAGCCAAAUCCCAGUCCCGGUCAAGAUAAUCCCAUUGAUCUGAGCAUGAAGACCACUGGAAGUUCCCUAAGCAGCAGCAAGAGCUGUAGCCCAGAAAUCGAAGUCGAACCCGAGAUCUCCAGCGAUAUUGAGAAGAACGAUACCGAAGAUGAUGACGAUGAUGAUGAGGAUCUGAAAGUAACGCCAGACGAAGAGAUAUCUGACCAGGAGACGGAGGAACAUGACGAGCAGGUGGAGGAGGAGGAGGAGGACAACAGCACCACGGAGACAGUGAAGACCAGCAUUGAAAAGAGCCACAACAACAACAACAGUAUCAGCAGCAACAACAAUAACAAUAAUAAUAACAAUAAUAAUAGUAUCCUAAGCGACAGCGAAGCCAGUGAAACGAUCAAAAGGAAACUGGACGAGCUCCUAGAAGCCUCCAGUGAAAAUGGGAAACGUCUGAGGCUAGAAGCACCCGUUAAAGUGGCCACCUCGAAUGCCUUGGAUCUAACAACGAAGGUUUGAAAAUAAUCUAAAAGAGAAGAACAAACAACAAACAAAAUGACAGUUAUCAGCCAGUGAAGAUCGAUUGAGGCAAUAGAAAAUUAGCCCCCCGCUAAGACACCACCAAAAAUAAAAAACAAAAAAAUCUUAAUAAACAAAAACAAAUACAAGAAAAAAACAAUAAACGCAUGUGAGUUAUAUAAAUAAUUCGAAACAUGAAAUGGUCUCUUUUGGGGGCAGAAAAGUUUGACUCUGAUUAACAAGCGCUAAAUACGAGUUCGUGCCGUUUUGGUUAGAUGUUAUCACAUCGUUUAAAACAACUAGCCAAAUGGCCAAAAUAUGCAAAAGUCGAUCGGCCCCCGACAAGGGAUUUGCAUAUAGCGACCGCAAAACUAUAACACAAAUGUUAUCUUUUUUUCGAUAAUUUAUUCAGUGAAUUAUAAACAAAUUUUUCGGUUGCCCACAACAACAAAAAAAGCAAGGCAAGGCAAAUACAAGACCUAAGCCUAAAGUUAUAAACAAAUAAAUGAAAAGCUAAACAAAUGUUAAAAGAAAAGAAACUGUAGCAAAAUAUGCAAAAAGGGGCAGCUGUAUGCAUAAAAUAUCGUAGUGGAAUUUGUAAUCAAUAAGUUUCGUUUUCUUCUAAGCUAUAAACCAUAUAUAAAGUAUAUAUUAUAUUAUUAAAUUUACUUAGCUCUUACUUAGACAUUUCCAAUCCACACACCCCAAAAAAUGAGUAUUUGUUAGUUUAAAAAACAGAAAAACGUUCGAUGCUAGACAAAUUUUUGUGUAAUCUUACUCUCGUCUUGAGGUUAUUAGUCACAAUUAGCAAAUUUUUAAAUGUACGUCUAAAAAGAAAUCCAUGAAUGUAAAUGUUAAUGUAAAGCAAAGCGCACACAAAGUUGUAUAGCAAAUAGCAUAAAUUAUUAAUUUUUAAUAUUGCAUAAGUAUUUUUCCUUUUCGUGUGAUGAUUUGGUAUGCAAAUCAGAUCAGUCGAAAUGAUGAUCAAGAAAAUUAUUAUUGCUGUCACCACAAAUAAAUACAAAUAAAUAUUUAGAUGAA